UCGUACUUGAGUUGUUUUCUCCUUGAAUUCUCGUACUUCUCUUUUGUUUCUCUCUUCCCGCUCGCUUCUUCUUCUUCCUCUGGCUCGUCCACGUUUCUUCAAUUUCACUUGUCAGUUUCUCUCCAUAACAUCGAACCGCUUCAUUUGAUGAUAACCAGCUAUAAUUUUUUUUUUUCUUGAAAUUCGGUGUUGUUUGGUCGGUGAACUUACGUGUCAGCUACGGUUAGUUCGUCGAUUUUGGCUUUCUUUUUUAUAUUUUAAUUUUGGGUUUCAGGAUUUUAUGUAAAAGUUGUCUUUUCUGUUUAUUUAAUUACCAUUCUGAUUAUUUUUUUAAUUCUUGAGGGCUCUGACAUGUUUAUGCUUGGAAUUGGAAUGCUUACAUUGUAUACAUAUCUUGGCUUUGUGGGUGUAUUUUAUUUCUUCGAAGUUUGUUUUCUCUCCAAAGACGUAGCUUUAUCUCCUCCUUCUUCUUCUUAAUUAAAUUUAUUUUCCUUAUCUUUAUGUUAGUGUAAAUAAUUUCCAAGAAGUGGGACUUGAGUAGUAGUCAUGACGUAUGUGUGUGGACUCUGAAAUGGCAUCUGUGUAGUAGUCAUGACGUUGACGUGGGUAUCAAUUGGAUGCGCUUUUCAUAAUCGAUAAAUGUAUAUAAAAGAAGGGUGAAAGUUUUUGAAAUAGUAGUAAGGCUUUUCAGAAAUGAUAGACAAUUGCAUUAAGUAAUUGACAAUCAUCUUUUGGAUGUGCCUAAUGUAUCAUAGUUUUUAGAUGGUUGGGGAUCAUAUGCAUCUACGAAUUAGCUAUGCAUACUCAAAUGAUUAUGCUAAAGCUUAUUUUUUCAUAUUUCUUAAUAAUUAAAUUUCAUCUCUGGACAAUUUGUCCUCAUGUUUGUUACUAAGUUCUAAUGUUUGCCAUUGUGGACAAUUUGUUCUCAUGUUUGUUACAAUUUGUGCUUAUUUUAUUUGAACUAUUUAUUGAAUAAAAUAAUAAAAUUUGGAACGCUUAAUGAAUCAGUGUAUGCUUAAUCUCCAUUCUUAUUGGAUAACUUCUGUGACGGUGUAAUGAUAAGGUAUUCAUUGAAAGGAUUCAUUAACUUUUGACUAGAGUUGAUCAGAAAUUUCAAGUGUGAAAUGUCAGUAUUUUCAUGCGCAGACUCUUUUUUGGUUUGUCUUCUAUUUGCUAAUAUUUUUUUAGUGACUGAAAUUAUUGAAAUUAUUCAUUCUGUUUGUUAUAGAAUUAAACUGCAUCAAUAAAUCUCCUCAUCAUGGAUCAAGAUUUGCAGCAAUUAGGGCAGCAAAUUCAUUCUCUUUCUGAAAGUAUUCCUGCAAGAGGCACCAACAUUGCUCAGCCUAACAUUAACACAGUGGUGCAUGCAAUGAAUGUAGAUUCCCAUUAUUUACUAGAUGCUCACGACAAUGCCAUGAUUCACGGAAUUCACCGUCAACAUAAUCAUCAUAUGAGUGCUCCAGCUGCUGCCUAUGUAUAUUUUCCUGACAUGAAUCCUCCAUCUAGUAAUGCCGUGUCUCGAAAUUGCAUAACCUCCGAUCAGUUGUCAGGUUCAAGCACAUUCACAGCCACUGGAUCAUAUAAACGCAAACGUUCUGUAGAAACCAGAGGAAACAGUCAACAUUUCAAUGCUUCAGCUAGUUCUUCAAUUGGUCCUCGUAAUGCAAGACAUGCUGAAAAUGGAAUUCGUACGCCACCACAUUCUAGUCCGUGGAGUAGAUCAGAUGCACCUCUUAUGGUGCAUGAACUUAACCAUUCAAUUCAAGGAAACUAUUCGGGCCAACGCUUUCAUCCAGCUCCUCACUCUAGGUUGGCUGAACAGCUGAAUAGCAAUAAUAAUAAUGGCCAUUCUUUGGCUUGGAAUCAGUCUCUUCCAAUGCUCUUUGUACAAGCUCCCAAUGCUGAUGGACACUCAUUAGAGAAUACAAAUAUGGGUUUGCAGAGAUACCACGAUACAUCUGGCAGCAGAAAUGACCUAAGAUUUACUUAUACUGCUCUGGUCAACCCGCAAUACCAUACCUUUCAUCAUCAAAUGUGGCCUGUACAAGGGAGAAGAGGUCACUCCCUCAACUUGCAUCCUCCAGUAACUGCAGUUUCACACAGAGUUCCAACAAAUCCUUUAAGCAGUGCUCAAAUUUCCAUACAAAAUAAUUUUGAGAUGGGCACUGGGGGCGUUCUUCCGGUGCCACCUGCAGGUGCAUGGAUAUACCGACCUCAUAGUGUGACUGUUAGACAUCAAACUCUUCCUCCCCUGGCCUCUCUCCAAGUUGAUGUAAUAUUUUGUAUUUCUCUUCAUAAUUGCUUUUUGUACUUCAUAGUUCCGUAGGACUUUUUAUGUAGACAAUAUUUAUCUUUACUUUUGUAUAUUGAUUGUCUUAUUAUAAAUUUUGCAGAAUAUUGCUAUACUGUUUGACCAUCAUAGAGAUAUGCGCUUGGACAUUGAGCACAUGUCUUAUGAGGAGCUUCUUGCAUUGGGCGAGCGAAUUGGCAAUGGAAACCCAACUUUAUCAGAGGAAACGAUUACAAAUCAAAUGAAGACAAUAACUUAUUUACUACCUACUAACUCACAGGAGGCAGGCUGUGAUGAACAAGAAGCUGAUAUUUGCAUCAUAUGCCAGGAUGAAUAUAAGAACCAAGAUAGGAUUGGAAUUCUUCAAUGUGGGCACAAAUAUCAUUCAGAUUGUAUAAGGAAUUGGUUGGUUGUGAAAAAUGUCUGCCCCAUAUGCAAAUCAGUAGCAUUGACUCCUUGAGAAAAGAAGGGUGUAUAAGAAUCAAUGCAGUCCUCUUGGAUACUAUAUUUUUUUGAACGAGUUCAUAUUUUGCUAUGUAUGUGAACUUGCACACAGAGACAGUCACAUUGCUCAAUUCAUUUAUUUGUUGGCACCAGAACAUUGUAUCUAUCUAGUUGUACAGAACUUGUUCCGCGUGGUGUAAUAUCUACAUUGUUACUAUUUUUUAAUGGAUGGUUGAAUGUCCCAUGCCAUAUAUAUAUUGAUACCUUUCCUCUU